AUACCCUGAUCAUCCUCUAUGGGGGCUCUAUACAUAAAGAUUGUCUUUGUGUACUCUCACUCUUGUCAACACGACAAUUAUUCAACUUAAGGUCCAUAUUAGGAAACUAUACACUAAACAAUCUGGGCAAUUUAUAAUAAUGCGUUUUGGGUUUUCAUUGUAUCUACCAUGCAUCCAAUCUCCAUAUAAAUGAUAAAAUUUUCAUGAUCUUAUUUCAAUAGGUCAAAUGAAAGACAACCCUCGAGAUUUUGUUUCUGUUUUGUUUUGUUUUUCUGUUUUAUAUAUUCAGAUUCAAAACAAACUCGAACGCCGUUCUCGUUCUCAGCUGAGUUCACUCUUUGAAAGUUUCAAAUCCUAUCCAUCAUACUCAGCACCAAACAACGUGGCCUAUUGAAAAACAAAGACAUGACACGGAGAGAAUACCCUCGUUUUGAAUGGAAACAAGAUAUUCUAAGCGCAGGAAACUUCUCCUCCAUACUACUGAAAAUGGCAUCGACCGAAUCAGCGAUCUUCCUGAUGCUGUUCUCCAUCGCAUUCUCUCCCUUCUACCCAUCAAAUCCAUCGCACAAACCAGUGUCUUAUCCAAGAGAUGGAGGUCUCUCUGGUUCUCCUUCCCUGACCUUGAUUUCACCACCAUUAACCCAAAUUCCAUUUCUUUAACUAAUUCGAAUCAUCCCAAGAUUCCCAACAGUACGGAAAAGAACUUGCAUAAUACUGCUGCUACAAGAGUGGACUUCAUAACCCAGGUUUUAGCGCUUCAUGACAAAUUCUCCCAAAUAAGGACGCUUCGUUUCAGAGCCCAUUUGAGUUUUUCUCAUCUAAAUGGUCUGAUUCGGUCCGCCACCAGGCAUAAUGUUCAAGAACUUGAUGUCGAGGUUGCUACUGACGAUUACUUCAACUUCCCACGAUCUGUAAUAGCGAGUGAAUCUUUAAGGGUUUUUAAUCUGAAAUCUCGUUAUCCGGGUUUUCGUUUGCCUCCUUCAUCGGUAAUGAAGGAUGGUUUCAGAUCGCUCCACACGUUAUCUCUUUCACUCAUAAUUUUAUACAGCCAAUCCUCACUCCUGGACUUGUUCUCGGAUCCAUCGUUCCCAGUCCUUAGGAAACUGAAUCUAGAUGCGUGCUUUGGGUUGAAACAUCUCAGCGUUGGCUGCCGGGCCCUGGAAGAUUUGAGUCUGGAGAAUUGUUUUCAGCUAUUAGGCUUGAAUAUUUCAAGUCCGAAAUUGGAGCGAUUGCGGGUAGCGAAUUGUUUUGAUGCUUACAGUGAUAAAAGUCUGGUAAAGGUUACUGCACCAAGACUCAGAUUCCUGGUCUGGGAAAAUAAUGCCAUUACUGAUAAUAGUUCUCUUGACAAUUUAAGUUUUCUGCAUGAGGCCUCCAUUGGUUUCUUUGUAGUAAACGAAGAUACAAGUCAUGUGACAAAGAUUCAGAGUGUAUCCAACCUUCUCUCUGGUGUCUCUCAUGCCCACUGCCUAAAGUUUGGAAGCCAGUGUAUCGAGAUUCUAUCAAGCAAUAAUUAUUUUGCUGUUUAUCUUCAACCAUUUAGUAACCUCAAUUCUUUGGAGUUGCAUACUGGUUUCAACAAAAAUAAUGUCUUAGGAUUAGCAUGUCUAUUCAGGAGCUCUCCAACACUGCAGACUCUCAUUCUCAAGAUCAUUAAUGAUCAGAAGAUCGAAAGGAGACAAUGGAAUAGGGAAAUGUGGGACAUGUCUGGCUCUGAGGAAGAACAAUUUUGGGAAUCUCAAACCCAGAAUCUUAAGUCUUUCCUACACCACCUGAAGGUAGUAAAGAUCCAUGGGUUUUUAGAAUGUGAGAACGAGGUUAGUCUAGCGAAGUUUUUGCUCAAGCAUGGAAAGGCCUUGCAAGAGAUGACACUAUGCACAGGCCAUUGCAUUGCUAGAGAUUCCCUGAGGCGACAGAAGAUCAGAUCACAGAUGAUGGGAUUCUCGCGGGCUUCUUCUAAUGCUAAAAUUGCUUUUCACUAAAUAUAUAUUCCCCAACUUUUUAAUCAUUGAUGAGUACAAUAAUUGUCGAAAAUUGUUACGUGGAUUCUAUUCUGGACUAUGUGGGACCCAUACAUUUUGAAAACUUUGAUGAAUUUUGCUUAAUUAGUAUGUUGUUAUAAAGCAACGAAGGUACGUUGAUUGAUCAGUAAUCGACUAACCGAGCCAAGUCUUAGUUAUCA